CUUGUUGAGUCUUGCACUUCUUACAGGGUGGGCCAUUUAAAUCUACCGUCACUUUGAAUCUCCAUAACUCGUGAUUGGUUCGUCAAAGGUGAAAAAGAUUUGGGGUUUGCUCGUCGCCCAUCUUACCAGCCUAUUGUUUACCCAAACCCUCCCUUGGGUGGUUACCCACUCCCUCCCUUUGUUGGCUUUAUACCUAUUGCCAAUGGUGGUCAGCCAGGUGGUUAUCUACCAAAUUCUAAGGAAAACUCCAAUCAAGGAUACAGCUAUGGCUUUAAUGGCUAUUAUUUAUAACAAUGAUGACAGCACCGAAGGAGCAUGCACAUGCUGCCCUCUGUUGAGGCUCUCCCGUCCAAGGGAUCGAGCAGGAGACUCUCCCCAUGAGAGGAAUCGAGCAGGAGGCUCUCCCCAUGAGAGGAUCAAGCAGGAGACUCUCCCCAUGAGAAGGAUCGAGCAGGAGGCUCUCCCCAUGAGAGGGAUCAAGCAGGAGACUCUCCCCAUGAGAAGGAUCGAGCAGGAGGCUCUCCCCACGAGAGGGAUCAAGAAGGAGGCCCUCACCAUGAGAGGGAUUGAGCAGAAGGCUCUUCCCAUGAGAGGGAUCAAGCAGGAGACUCUCCCCAUGAGACGGAUCGAGCAGGAGGCUCUCCCCAUGAGAGGGAUCAAGCAGGAGACUCUCCCCAUGAGAGGGAUCGAGCAGGAGGCUCUCCCCAUGAGAGGGAUCGAGCAGGAGGCUCUCCCCACGAGAGGGAUCAAGCAGGAGGCCCUCCCCAUGAGAGGGAUCAAGCAGGAGACUCUCCCCAUGAGAGGGAUCGAGCAGGAGACUCUCCACAUGAGAGGGAUCAAGCAGGAGGCUCUCCCCAUGAGGGGAUUGAGCGGAUUGGCGCUGGUGUGCGGAGGGAUUGCCGUUUGUAGUCCCUGGAUGAAAGGAACUGAUGCCCACUGUGCCCCUGGAUGAAAGGAACUGAUGCCCACUGUGCCCCUGGAUGAAAGGAACUGAUGCCCACUGUGCCCGUGGAUGAACGCGACCAAUGCCCAUUGUGCCCAUGGACGAAUCCAAUCGGUACUUUGCCCGGGAGAUCUUACUUCCCCGGUUGACUAGUCAAAAUAAACUUCUAGUCAUAUCUAUCAUUGUAAAUUGUUCCCGUUAUGGCUCCCCAAUCCUCCGCCGGGAAGGGAGAUGUUGUAUUCUCAUUCUAGUCACCCAUAGUUCUCUCUCAUACUCGCUUAACACCUUCUCUCCCUGCUCUCCAUAGCUUCCCUUUUCCUGUAUAUAUACCCGCCUCUCUAUGCAAUAAACAUCUAGUCAUUUACCACCA